AUGCCGCCUUACGCAUGGGAUCAUGAUCGAAUCUACUGGAGAGAGUCUCGCAUGUCGAAGAACUUCGGAAAAUCUCAGGAUAGCCGCCAUCCUCUACUUGGGCGUCGUGUUCCGGAUGAUAUCAAUCGGGAAUUGCGUUGGCGUAACGUCCUCCGCCUGGAUCAAAUAUCUUGGGCUCGUGGCCAUGUCAUUUCAGGAGAGGUUCUGCUCCCAGGUACAUCGUACAUUUCCAUGUCUUGCGAAGCCGCCAAAGUCCCCGCGAGAGAUAACCCAAUCCGGCUGAUUGAGGUGCUAGACAUAAAGAUUCGCCGCCCUGUAAUUGUUCCUGAUAGUCGCGAGGGGUGUGGAAACCACCUUUACAGUGCGGGCGGAGGAUUCGACAAACUCGGAUUCCAUGGAGCAAUCAUGCGAUGGCAAGAUUGUUGUCUAUCUCGGCGAGGCCAGAAAACAGGAAUUACCUCUUUACGAUGGCUCUCCCCUCCAGGCCUUUAUCCCAUUGAUAGCGAUGCCGGCUACAAGAGCUUUGAACAGAAUGGACUUGGCUACACCGGACCUUUCCGCCGGCUGCAAGACAUUCAGCGUAGACGUGAUUAUGCUAUUGCGAUGGCGGAGUGGUCAGUGGAAGAGUUGGGCGCGACCGAGUACACUGUUCAUCCAGCGCUGUUAGAUGUCAGCCGGCAAAACGUGUUCCAUGCUUGUGCUGACCCGGCAGUUGGCAAUCUUCCCACAACCAUUCUACCAGUUGGCAUCAAACGAGUAGCUGUGAGUCCGAAUGUGGCAUUGGCAGAUGGCGAUACUCUCCCAGUCAAGGCGGACACAUUCGUCACUGCCCGUAACGGGUUGGGUGUUGUUGGUGACGUGCACAUAUACAACGCAUCCUCGGGUGACAUUGCCGUCCAAAUGGAAUCUGUUUCACUUGAUCCAGUCUCGCCGCAGAUGCCACAUCAAGAUCAUCGUCUGUGCUUUGAGAUAGUGUUCAAGAUUGAUCCUUCCUUGCGCCUUCUGGAGCCGCCAGAGUACGACCUCAACUCCAAGAGCAGCCAGAGAACCAAAGAGCUUUCUGCAGACAUUGAAAGGCUGUGUCUCUUUUACAUUCAGCGGAUCCUAGCAGAUCUGGAUCCGAAAGAGAGGCCAACUCUGAUGUGGUAUCACCAGAUGCUGGUCUCCGCCUGGGAUGCCACCAUCAAGCUUGUCCAAGAAGGUUGCCAUCCGGUGGCAGAGACCAGCUGGCUUGCUGAUAAGUCGGAUAUAGUCGACAAGAUUUUUGCCAAGUGGGGUAAUACAGUUGAUAUUGAGAUUGUCCGCGUUGUAGGAGAGAGAUCUCUUGAGUUCCUAAAACGCAAAGAGUCCAUCUUAGAGGUCCUCAUGAAAGACAACAUGGCUGCUCGCGUAUACAGCGACGGGUGUGGUUUCGAAGAGGCCAACGGCGGCAUGAUUGAUGUUCUGAAGCAAAUCUCUCACAAAUUGCCCCGGGCCAAUUACCUCGAGAUUGGUGCCGGUACUGGCUCCAUAACUGACCGCAUCUUACGAACUAUUGGCCAUUCUUUCUACACAUACACCUAUACAGACAUAUCCCCAGAUUUCUUUGAGCAGGCGGCCGAGAGAUUCAGUGAAUUUCAAGGCAAAACCAUCUUCAGGACGCUUGACGUGGAAAGCGACGUGGAACUCCAAGGGUUCCGAAAGCACGCUUACGAUGUCGUUGUCGCCUCAAAUGUUCUUCAUGCCACUGCCAGUAUCAAGAGAAGCCUUGAGCAGGCUCGUUUGCUGCUUAAGCCAGGUGGCUUCCUCCUUCUUGUCGAGAUAACGGGCACUGAGCUGAUGCGAACUACAUUCUGUGUUGGCGGCUUGCCUGGAUGGUGGCUCGGCGCCAAAGAAGGACGAAACCUCUAUCCCGGUCUGAAAACAGAAGAAUGGCACGCAACUCUUCAGCAGACUGGCUUUUCUGGUGUGGAUUUGGUUGUCCAUGAUAUUCCUGGACAGCAGUGCUACUCGUUCAUCGCUAGUCAGGCCGUCGAUGACACCGUCCAGCAGCUUCGUGAUCCUCUAGAGUAUAUUGACGAGGUGUCUGAGGUCAAGUCUCUCCUCAUAGUUGGUGGAAAGACACUCCCAGUGUUCAAGGCAUUAACUACAAUCCAGAAGAUGCCGGGGCAACCAUGGAGGAACCGCAUUACAGUCGCCAGCGAUAUUGAAACAAUUGAUUUCACCAGGCUUGGCUCUGGAGUCGACGUCUUGGGUCUGCAGGAGCUAGACAAUGCCUUAUUUUCCGAGUCUUUGACCGACAAGAAACUCAAAUCCCUUCUAAAGAUGUUUCUUAAGAACAGACAAGCCCGCGUGCAACAUGAUUGUCGGUAUGGCAAGAAGUAUUUCCAAGGAGCUGCCGCAUCUAACAUUCAGCUUCUUGAUUUGGAUUCCAUCGCCAGCCCAUCAUCCACAGCUCGUGUCAUACUUGAGGCAUUCUUACGACUGAAUACCCUCUCUGCUCAUGACUUUCAUGUGGAGCCACUCUUAUGGCCACUGCAGCCAGAGCUUGUGGUGGAGGGAACCGAUACCCUUAUCCCUCGUGUUCAGCCGGAUCAGCAGAGAAAUGAUAGAUACAACGCCAACUUACGUAUUAUUAGCAAGUCUGUUGAUGUCACAGAUAUAUCUAUCGGUAUUGGUAGCCAGCGGGGCAAGUUGGCGUUCGUUGAGUGCGACUCGAAGCAUGACACAACCGCCCGCGAAACCGUGCGUGUCAAGGUCCAGCUCUCCCUCUUUAUACCUGGCAGUGGCAGCAAUAGAGGAGUAUACCUUUUAGUUGGUAAAAAAAUUGGCUCCGAUGACGCUGUUGUGGCCAUUUCUCAAAGCAACACGUCCGUCAUGAGUUUGUCGCUGGAGUAUGUCUCUCCCAUUGAAGACAAAGACUGUAACACCACUUUCCUUGAGCAAAUAGCAAACCAAAUCAUAGUAGAUGGACUUACCAGAACUGCAGAAAGCAAGUCGUCUAUUCUUUUACACAAUGCAAGCGCUGACUUGACUGCAUGCUUUGCUGCUGGGUCGGAAGUGCACGACUUACAACCAGUGUUUUCAUCUUCGUUCACUUCUGAAGACCGUCAUGGUUGGAUCACUAUUCAUCCUCAAAGCUCUGCUCACGCUAUUCAGAGACUCUUGCCAAAGGACUUUGCUGUAUUUCUAGAUUGCUCACCAGUUUCUGCUUCCGCUUCCGCUUCAGAUUCGGUAACAGCAUCCAUUCUAGCUACGCUCCCAUCUGGUUGCACCGUCCAUCGAUGGGGCAGCGAGCUUACCAUUUCUCUCAUUCGACAGAAAAUGCCCCGUCUUGGUGGUGUAGCCAAUGCAGCCAUGAUCUUGUCCGAUAAGCUAUUUAUCGACAUGGAUGUAGAUUCUAUGAACGCGACCAUCAAGCCCAAGGUGGACGCUUCGAAACAUCUGGAUUCUAUUUUGGCGGAUUACCCCCUGGACUUCUUCAUCAUGUUCUCCUCUGCACUCUCUGUUACUGGUGGCCACGGACAAGCAAACUAUCACGCAGCCAACAUGUACAUGGCGGCGCUUGCAGCAAAUCGCAAACACAAAGGACGUACGGCGUCAGUCAUGCACAUUGGCCAUGUGUGUGAUGUUGGAUACUUUAUUUGUGCCGACAUGACCUCCAAGGACUACGUCUCAAGAAGACACAUGGGACCAAUCUCCGAGGUGCAUGUGCACCAUGCCUUUGCAGAGGCUAUCAUAGCCGGUAAGCCAAAUAGCGGGCGAUCAUGCGAAGUCGGAUUUGGAAUUGAGCCGCUUGACACACGCCUGGAUGGGGAGCAGGAAAUGGCCUGGUCAUCCGAUCCUCGCUUUGCCCAUUUCCUGCCAACAGUCCAAGUCGGAAAGUCUGAGGAAUCUCAAGUUGGCCGUGACGACAUCAAAGAGCGAAUCCACGGAGCUGAAACGGAGGCCGACGUGAUUGAGAUUGUCCAAGAAGCCCUUGUUUUUAAGCUCGAGUCAUUGCUGCAGUUGUCAUCGGGCAGCAUUGAUCCGGAUGCACUGCUCAUCAAGCUUGGCAGCGAUUCUCUUGUGGCAGUUGAGAUUUGCGCCUGGUUCCUCAAGAAGAUUGGCAUUGAUGUCCCUGUUGUCAAGAUUCUAGGAAGAAACCCUGUUAACCAGCUCUGCGUUGAUGCAACUAAGAAGUUACUGACAAUAGUGGACUUGGGCUUGCAAGAAUCCAAAUCAGCUUCUUCAGACAGUGAAACACCAAAUCAGUCUCGCGAUAAGUCUGAACAGAUGACUCCCCUUAUCUCAGCAACGGAUAAGGCCUCCUCCAUCUCCCGUCAAGAUGAAGAUAGUGAGCGGCAACACCCCGGGGCGGAGAUUGACGACGAGAAGUCCCACCCCCGUGCUGGCACAGUGGAAGAAGAAGCAAUCCCAGCAAAACCGAUGCAAGGACUCUUACUAUUCCCCGUCCGUCGAUCCAAACAUGUCCCGUACGCCACCGACCAUGAUAUCGAACAGGAGCUACAGGCUUCCAGAGACAAGGUCUGGGAUAUCGAGCACGGCGAGACGUUGAGCCUCACUGUCUUAUCUCAGAGCUCCAAGAAGCAUACCUUGAUCCUGGGCUACCACCACAUCAUCUUUGAUGCACCUAGCAUGCGACGCUUCAUGCGAGAUUUGAACUCGGCCUACAAUAUGCGACCGCUCAAGCGAGACUUUGGGACUUGUAUAGAGUACGCUCGGCAAGAACAUCAAGAUAAAGAAUCCAACAUGCUCGAGAGCAAUAUGCAAUACUGGCGAAAGGAAUUCUCAGGCCAGGCCGAGAUUCACGGCAUGUUUCCAGCUCCCACGAUUGACGAGGAGACGGUGAAAGCAACCAAACAGGUGCUUCUCGCUCAAUCUCCGGGCCGCCAAGACAUUUGCAUUGGUGUGGCCGAUGCCAACCGCCCCGACACCAAAUACAGGGAAACCAUCGGCUUUUUCCUCAGCCUACUUCCCGUGCGCUUUCAGGUUCCUGCUGAAAGCACAUUCACCGAAAUUGCCUUGAAUACAGCUAAGAAAGUGGGAGAAGCAUUGGAGAGAUCGGUUCCGUUCAACAUCAUUCUGGACGAGCUUAAUAUUUCUCGAUCGUCGGCACACACACCAAUGUUCCAAGCUCUUGUUAAUUACCGGCUGGCAAUGACAAAAGAAGGCAAGCCUUUUGGCACUGGCACACUUACCAUUACUGACGGCGAAGAGGGCCGAAAUCCAUACGAUAUUACCUUUAGCUUCCUUGAGUCACAAACUGGAGGUCUCGGGGUCACUUUGGACUGCUCCGCGUCAAUCUAUGACGCUCACGCCACAAAUACACUUGUCAACAUGUACCAGUUUGUCCUGAAGGCAUAG